AUGGGACUUUUAUCAGCUCUCGAGAGCUCACUUCCGCGAAGUUCGGGCACGCGAGCUUUGGGCCUUCAGACUCUCCUUGAUAGGGACUUACGAGGUUUUGCCGCCCCAAGCUUGUUCCUGGUCUUCGUACUGUUCUCCUUAUAUUGGGUAAUUCCAUUACUUCAUAAUCUCUUUGUUUCACCGUCCAGAAAUGUCCCUGGCCCUUUCUGGGCUAGAGUGACGCGCUGGUACGAGUAUUUCGCGGUUCUUCAGGGUGAUUCAAACCAGCUCUACCGCCGCCUACACGACAAAUAUGGCCCCGUUGUCCGUAUCGGUCCGUAUCGGUACAGUUUUACUCGACCAGAAGACGUGAAGGUCAUUUACGAGCUUGGUGGAAAAUAUCUCAAAUCAGCCUACUAUAACCCGCUCAAUCCUCCCAUCCGGGAACAGCAGAACAUCUUCGCCAUCAGAGACAAUGACUGGCAUAAAGAAAAGCGCAGAAAAGUCGCCGCUCUUUACAGUAUGACUAGCGUGGUUUCUUACGAAGAACCCGUCGACAAGAUGACAAGCGUCUGCUUACGCAAGAUGCGCGAAUUUGCAGAUGCAGGUCAACUGGUCUCUAUUCCCAACUUCAUGCAGUACUACGCGUUCGACGUCAUUGGCAUGAUCACCUUUGAUCAGAGCUUUGGAAUGAUGGAACAUGGAGGCGAUACCACGGGAAUGAUUGAAGGUAUUCGUGGCGUCAACGACUACCUUGGACACAUGGGAGUGACUUACAAUUUGCACCCAUGGAAUGCGUGGCUAAGGUCUCUACUCCGGCUGCCAAUCAAGGGAGGUGUCCUGGCGCAGUACUGUUUCACUCAGAUUGCAAAGCAUCGUGCACAGCCAUCGGCCACUACUUUGACCAAAAAAACAAAUUAUGAGACUUUCUUGGCGAAACUACUACGCAUGGAAGCCGAAAAGAAGGUUGCAGCGACCAAUAUGAUCGAUACCUGUGGCAGCAAUAUUGGAGCCGGGUCUGAUACUACGGCCAUCUCCUUGAGUGCAGCGUUAUUCUACCUCUACGCGAAUCCUGAAAAAAUAUCCAAGCUACGACAUGAGAUCGAAACUGGGUCUGCAGAAGGUCGUAUUUCUAACCCUGUCACUUUCCAAGAGGCUCAGAACAUGCCAUUCCUACAAGCAGUGAUUAAAGAAACCCUGCGCCUCCACCCUGCGGUUGGCACAAUAUUGGCGCGGGAUGUUCCCAGAGGAGGUGCACAAUUGGGCGGAUAUUACUUUCCCGAAGGCGCCGAGGUUGGUUGUAAUGCCUGGGUGCUCCAUUACAACAAGGACAUCUAUGGCCCGGAUGCCGAAGUAUACCGGCCAGAAAGAUGGCUCGAAGCUGACAAAUCAAGUCUCAAAGAUUCCAUGAUGUUUGCGUUCGGAGCGGGAAGUCGCACCUGUAUCGGCAAGAACAUCAGUCUGCUCGAAAUGACCAAACUGCUUCCACAGAUUGUCCGGGAUUUUGACAUCGAACUUGAAGGCCACUCCCCAUACUUGAAUACAACGUGUGCAUGGUUCGUUUAUCCUAGGUAUAAGGCCCGAGUCACGCUGCGGAACUCUAAAUAG